AUGACCCUGUCUCAAAUUGGAGCCAAACACCUCCCGCCGGUGUCUUUCUUUCUCAACUCCGUAUGUCCCGGAAAUGACUUUCUCGACGAUAAUAUCCAUUUCAGCUUGAGCCAUGUACAAGACAAGAUCGCCGAAGUCAGCAAACUAAAGUGGCCCUUAACUGGUUCUCAAAGUAUAGCCCAUGCUCUACUCGACCCAACAUACUUAAAUGUGGCAAGGCCACCUUUUAAGAGUCCACGGCAUAAAAAUUUGGAAUCAACUACCUAUGUGUCUUUGCCUUUGCAUGUAACACAUGCUUUUGCCCAGGUUGUUCAACAAGAAGGCGAAGCAAAGCAAGACGGCGGAUUACAUAUCGGGGCAAAUGUCAAUCCUCUCACUCAUGACCCAUUCAAGUUGGUGGGAAUGAACCCAGGAUGCAUAUCUGCCAUGAUAGUUUUGAGACCAGAAGCCAAAAGUCCUAUGCUCAACAUGGAAACACGUAGCCCUUUCAACAAGAUGGCAAAUGGAAUUAAUCGUUUCUUGCGUAUGGGGCUCAGUGAAAGUGGGGAUAGUAGUCAGGACCAUUAUAUGUCGAUUUUAGACAGUUUGACGCACACUAGCACACCAUCAGAGAACGGAUCCACGCGAAUCAGGAAGACUCAUCCCAUAUUUGCGCAAUUGCUGGACUAUGAUCCCAAAACGUAUGUGUCUCAAUUGAGGUCUUUUGCAAUCACCAAGCUUUUGGUAUCCGCGAAUGUUAAUGUGGUCAAUGUCUUUGCUUUGGACGAGAAUUACAAUUACGCAGGAACUUCAGAAAUACUUUCGGAGACUGCAAUUUUUCCCUUAACAGAUCUUCUGGCUGAACCUGUCCAAGGUAAGCAACCUCCUGUGACGUCUAAAUGUAAGCCAUAUCAAAAGGUUAUCGAGAAGCCUUUAUUGAGACUUCACUUACAAGAGGGAAUCAUUGUUACAAGUCUUUUGACGCUCUCAGACAAUCCAGCUGUGAUUCUUGGCUUAAAUACUGGUGAGGUUGUCAUCAUAAACCUAUACACAUUGAAAUUUCGCUAUUUCCCAAGUUUAACCGUGCCGUCUAUGACAGAUCACAGGGUGCAAGAGUCGAGCAAUUAUGCCGUCACAGCGCUUUCCACUUUCGCUCAUCCCAACCAUGAGCUUUUGGUUGUCGUUGGGUAUGCUACAGGUGAAGUAAUCAUUUUAGACCCAUCACUUCCUGAUCCAUCUCUGCAGUAUACAAAGAAUGUCGUGGGGAAAGACAAGUUCUUAACUUUCUUCAAGCUUUUCGAUCUCAGCCCAUUUCAGCAGAAAGAUGUUUUAGACCUGUCUCCAGAUUAUUUGAUAGGACACUUUAAAUUGAGCCACAAGGCCAUCACGUCCAUUACUGGUACAAUGCCAAAACAUGCCUCGAAUAUCAACCCAAACAAACCCAUGGUUCUCGCAAUUGCAGCAGAUGAUGGACUAGUGCGCUUCAUUGAUCUAAUAAGCACCCACGACAAGAAUUACGGUGAUCCUUCUAAUUUCUAUCAUUCACUGAUUGUAUGCGACAUAGUAUCGUCUUAUUUUCAGGAUGGAAUACGGUGCAUUGAGUUUUCACCCGACUAUCGUUAUUUCUGUCUCUGUGGCAAAGGUGAUAUCAUUGAAGUCUUCCGAAUGACAUACUACAAUAUCAAUGGACUUCUUUUGAGAAAUGCGAAUGGUGCUUCCUCUCAUAGAGGUGGCCGCUCUAGAAGUGGCACGGUGAACAGCACCGGAUCAGGAAAUCAUAGGGCUCCAUCUAUUUUUUCAAACUCUACCUUUUCAGUCAAUAUGGAAACGGCAAAAACAGAACACCUGGAAACGGUAUUUCCACCCUCCAUAAAAGACAUUGAUAUUGUGAGCAGAUUAAAAGGUCACACAAACACCGUUGAUUUUGUGAGUUUCGUACAUAAUGAGGAUUUAUUCCAUUCCGACGAGGGACAAUCUACAGGCACCUAUAAACUUAUUUCUUGUGGAAAUGAUGGGAAAAUCAUCAUAUGGGAUUUUGACAGCAAAGCGUUUCCGCGCAUCAAGAAACCUCACGUAUCUUCCACAAGGGUUCGUACCUCGAUCCAUCCGGAGAAUUCACAUUCACCAAUAUCAAAAACAUUAUCUCCCCCAGCCAUCGCAAAAACACACAACCGUGGCCCAUCUUGGUCACUUUCCAAUGAAGAAGGUGGCUUGAAUGGAUCUUUUAGUGCUUUGGGUAUAAGUAAUCUUCUUAAUCCAAGUCUGCCACCACCAGCACUUCAAGUCGAAAACUCAGAAGACCAGAGAAAAAUUGCUUUUUCACUUUAUCGUUCUCUUCACGACGUUCGUUUGAAAAAACAUUACGCUAAACUGGCUCUCAACAAGGAUAAGAAUAAAAAAUUCACCACUAUCAUUCACUCUAUUGUCAACGAUAAAGAACUUCCCUCCAUUCAAGUUCCGUUGCUAACAAUAGAUAUGUCAUGUUUGGUCAAGGAUGGUAGACUCCAAGGUUUUCAUAUCAAUCCACACAACUUUUGGGUAUUCACUAGAAGUGGUGACAUUUUUAGAUAUACGCUUGAGAAUAAAUAA